AUGUUUUAUGCGGACUCACAGCGUACGGUUACCCGUCGGGAUAGUUCACUAGUCUUGUCUUCGGCUAGACGCCAUGCCCCCUACUCGGGUCUCGAUGAUUUUGCCUUCGAUGGCAUGUCUUCAGUCCGGGGGCAAUCUAUCCUUCAUAGCGAUUCCGCAGUGUCCCUGUUACUACCACGGUGCAAACCGGGUACUGUGGAAAAAGAAAUAGUUACUUUUAUGUUUAAUUCAAUGUUAGGUAGUAUAAUUGAGUCGUGGGAUGUUAUUCCUCCUCCGAAAACUGAUGAGCGAUUGCAAAAUGUCGGGAUUCCCAAAACUGCAAGUGAACUUACUGUUACUAGCAAAAAGAAAAAGGCGACGGCGAAUGUGAAACAAUCUAAGACCAAAAGCAGGAGCAGAUCUAAGUUGGAUGUUUUAGAUGGACAGGAUCAGCCGCCAUCUAGUUGGUUUUCACCUCCUGAUGAACGUGCUAUUAUUCGCUUUCGUAACGGAAAUAAGUUCGAAGGAAAUAUCUCAAUGAAAUGCAUGCAUGGAGAAGGCAGGUUCCAGUGGAAAGAUGGAACAGUCUACUUGGGUCAGUUCAAGGAUAAUGAAAUAAAUGGCCAGGGGAAGAUAUUCUGGAAAGACGACACGUGGUACGAAGGGGAAUUCGUGGACAACCUGCGUCACGGGCAUGGCUUAUAUGUGGACUCUAGGAGACAGCGAAUGUACUCGGGGGGGUGGCAUUGCGCCACCAAACAUGGAGAAGGAGUCAUUUACUACUCUAAGACGUUCAAAAACUCGUAUAAAGGACAAUGGGACAAUAAUGUACGACACGGUUAUGGGUCCCGUGAAUAUUGUCCUCUAAGUGGUUAUAAGGGCGACUGGAAUUCUUACGUAAGAGAAGGAAAAGGAUUGAUGAUAUGGCCUAAUCAUGAUUUUUACAGAGGCGAAUGGAAAAAUGGAGUGAUGUCUGGCUAUGGGAUAUAUAUUUGGGAUGCCUAUUAUAACAACUCAAUGUCUGUUCCCUCCCUAAAUGCGUUCCGUGGCUAUUGGGAACAGGGUCAAAGAAAUGGCUAUGGAAUUUUAAACUUGGGCUUCGGCAUGGGGUCCCAUUACAAAGGCGAUUUUAAAAAUAAUAAGAAAAAUGGGGCAGGGAGAUUUGUUACUAACAACGGAUUCAUUAUACAACAUAAGCAAUUGUUUAUCGACGAUAACAUUGGACCUUUAUAUUCUGAGAAGAGCUACGGCGCAAUUACAGAUCCGAAACAAAUAAGUCAGUUAUUGGAACCGUUUAAAUUUGAUAUAUGUGAUGAGACUGUUGGACUCACUUACCAUAUAGAAGAAGCUAUAAAAAAUAUAGACAGGGAACACGAAAUAAGAACAAACAUUUUGAACGACUAUGUUGAAGGAAAUAGAACUUUUGAAUUGGACAUUUCACACAUGUCAUAUGUAACACGGAAAACUAAUCCAAGCGAUGUACCAAAUGUCGAAGUUUCUAAUAUCGAAGAUUUAAUUGAAUUUGAAGAAAUAUCUUUAAGAAAUGCCAUUAGAUCUUACGAAAAAGAUUUAAAAAACAUAUAUUACAUGUAUGCUACCAUAUGCAACACUAAAGAAAUAAAUUUUAAGCCAAUUCUUAUUCGUCUGUAUUUAUGGCAACUUUACUUUGAUUGUAAUAUUCCCCAAAAGGGAGUAACUUUAGUUGAAAUAGACAAUCUGUUUUACCAAAAUGCUGAGUGGCUAGCAAGAUCUGCCCACAAUCCAUUUGAAAAAAUAUAUUUUUGGCAAUUCUUACAUAGUUUGCUUACAGUAGCCAGUAGACUAUACGCCAAAAAGCAACUACCUGGGCCUAAACCGGACACAAUACUAGCAAAUGGAUUUAGAACAUUUAUGGAAAAAGAUAUUUUAGUAGGCGCUGGCCGACGUAAAGGUCAAGGUCGUCUUGCAAACGGGUUUGCUGCUUUUAUACCCAUGAAAGGACUUUACAAUUUAUAUCGCCGCCUUGGGGAACCCCACACUUUACGUCAAUUUUUGAAAGCAAUUCGAAUCCCUCCGCAUUGCAUUGAAUUCCCGCAGCCAGAACUCAUAGACUCACCUGACGGUGCUGUAGCUCUCGGUAGAAAUGCGUAUAUCUAUGGUGAUGAUAUGACAUUUAUCACUGAUGAAAAUGUCUCACUUCAGGAAUAUAUUUUGGAUACAAACUAUGAAGACCUCAAACUUUUGAACUUUGGUAAUUUAUCCAGUAGAGCUAUAGUAAAAAUAUUUUCUCGUAUCUUUCCCGGGGUGGUAACGAAAACAAAGAAAAGAGUGAAGGACCUAGAAAGACAAAUUACCUUUUACGAGUUUUUUGAAGCUUUUGUAGCAUGCGCGGAAGAGAGUAUUCGUGUCAAGGAGGAAGAAAUGCGCUGGAGAGAGAAAUUUUCAGCCGAAGGCAUGAAUAUGUAAUGAAGAUUAAAAGUA